AUGCGAGACAUAGAUACAUCAGUGAAGAAGAUCAACAUCAACAUCAACAACCAGCAACACCCUACCGUGGCACAAAAAAAGCAGCCAAGCAUCCAGAAACAAGCAAACUCCGAUUGCCCCGGAUAUUUCGCAAGAUGCGGAGUUCUCGAGAAAAUGUUGAAGGCUCCGGAACUUCGUAUGCACACAUUAUACAUGUAG